UUUCCUAUUUUUAUGAAUUAUUUGAGUUGUAUUAAAGGAAUACAGCCCAUCCAUAUGAGGCAAUACCAGGCAAUACUAAUUCAGUCCUAGCCGACCUGGCUCAGUCAAACGAUUUAGAUAACCUAUUUUUAUUUUAUACAAUAUGAAGUUAUGUGAAUCAUUCCAUUGUAGUUAUUUGGAGUUACACGUAAUUAAGACCACGGUCUGAGACCGUGAUUAAGACAAUCAUGGAUAACAAUACGCUCAUUAUAUUUCUAUAAGUUAAACAUAUAAUAAUGUAUUUCUUGAAAUAUGCUGCAUUCACAGUGUAUGGUGUAGCAGCUUUUACAUUUGUAUAUUAUCUUCAACUUGCUUUGAUUAUUGAACAAUGUAGAGAUUGGUUAUUUAAAACCAUUCAAAAUGACCAAGUUUAUGACUAUAUUGUGGGAGCUGGCAGUGCAGGUUCUGUACUCGCAGCAAAGCUUGCUAAUGCCAAAUAUAAAACUUUGCUGAUAGAAGCAGGUGGAACUCCACCAGCAUUCUUCAAUAUUCCUAUUUUAUCACCAUUAUUUCAACAAUCUGUAUACGAUUGGCAAUACAGUACAGUGCCACAGCAUCAUUCAUGCAAAGGAUUAAUAAAUAAUCAAAGUGUAUGGCCUGCAGGGAAAAUACUUGGAGGGUCGAGUAGAUUAAAUUAUAUGGCUUAUGUUUGUGGCCAUGCGGAAGACUAUGCAGAUUGGUUUCCUGAUUUUAUAGAACCAAUUAUUGAAAAAAAUGGAUCAUUACACGUAAAGGAGAUACUAUGGCCUACAGAACUUUCCACUGCAGUGCUCAAAGGGAUUACCGAAAUGGGCCACAGUAUUAGAAAUAUAAAUAAAGAACUGAGAACAGGUUUUAUGAAAGUACAAUUGACUAUGAAAAAUGGGGAAAGGUGGAGUUCGGAUCAGAUUCUGCAUACAAAACAUUUAUCAACUUUAACAGUUAUCACUAACGCGCAUGUUACUAAGGUAUUGUUUAAAUCAAAUAAAGCAGCAGGAGUAGAGUUCGUCAAAUUCCACACACCACUUCAAUCAUUAGCAAAAAAAGGUAUCAUCAUUAGUGCUGGGGCAAUUGGCAGUCCAAAAUUGCUAAUGUUAUCUGGUAUUGGACCUAAAGACCAUCUUCAAGACUUGAAAAUUCAAAUAAUCAGUGAUCUACCAGUGGGUGAAAAUUUAAUGGAUCAUAUACUUACUGGUAUUGACUUAGUCACACUUGAAACAAGUUUGUCUCUCAGUCUGGUUAAUGCAUUAAAUCCUAUUUCUGCACUAAACUAUUUUCUCUAUGGGAAAGGACCAUGGACAUCAGCUGGAAUUGAAGUUGUGGGUACAUUUAAUGAACCAUUUCAUUUGAAUAAUACUGUAUUACCAAACUUGCAGUUAAUGGUAAUGCCCAUAGGUGUGUCACAAGACUAUGGUAUUGCACUAAGAAAAGCAAUGGGAAUUUCUGAUAAGAUUUUCCAGGAAUAUUUUGCUCCACUUGCAUAUAAAACUGCAGUAACAGUGGCGCCAGUUUUGUUACAUCCAAAGAGUACAGGGAACAUAAAACUACGCAGUAAUGAUCCUUAUGAUGAUCCUAUUAUCGAUCCAAAUUAUUUGAGCGAGCAGGAAGAUGUGCAAACUCUUAUUAGUGGUCUCAAAUUUGUUGAAAGACUUAUUAGUACCAAAGCAAUGAAAACACUCGGUGCCUCUUUGUAUAAAAAGAAUUUUCCUGGUUGUGAGGAUGAAAUUUUUAACAGUAACGAAUAUUGGGAGUGUUAUAUACGUCAUUUAACUUUAACAUCUUAUCAUCCUGCGGGAACAUGUCGAAUGGGGAGCGUUGUUGAUGAGUCAUUUAGGGUACAUGGAACAGAAAAUCUUUACGUGGUAGAUGCGUCAGUUCUCCCAAAACUUCCUAGUGCAAAUAUAAAUGCAGCGGUCGUUGCGCUUGCAGAAAAAGCUUCGCGUUUACUAAUAAAGAAUAAAAAUAAAUAUCUUCGACACCAAGUGUCAAAAGUUUGUUACAAAAUUGAAGUUUUUCGAAUUCGAUCUAAUAAACGAUAAUGCAGACAAGAUCAAGUCACAGAAAA